GAGGAGUUCCACACUGGACGCAUUCUGUCUGGGCCGUACAUCUCACGGGUCUCCGACUACUCUGCCCUCUUCUUCAGAGCUUGGGAGAAGCGUGCACACAGCUCACUGCUCCUUCACUUGCUGGACUGGCUGCACGAGGAGCUGCCGCUCCAGAAUGCCACGAAGAGCUUGCAGUGGGUCCAUCAGCUGCACCACAAUGCCAAGGACACUGCCACGCAUGACACCUACGUUGCAGCCGGCAGGUUGAUCCUGGGGCCGCGCCGUACCUUCCGCCAUCUUGCUAUCCUACGACGAGGACUGGGCUUCUGCGCGGAGAGGGCCUUGCCAGUCAACCUCUCCGAAGCUUCUGUGCUCGGAGGGCGAUUUCUCUGCGUACAGGCGCCAGAUGUAAUCGAGCACCUCGAUCCAGACUGCUUGGAGUCGGUCUUCCGCUGUGACGCCUGGAUUGCCGACUGCCUGGGCGAUGCAGAGACCUCUGAGGAUAUGGUGCGGUCCUUUCGAAGCUACCAACCUCAACGAAUGGGCCUCGGAAUGGUCAAUGACAUUCAGGACUGUUGGCCUCAGUGUCCUGUGGAUGUCUCAGAAGCAACCUGGGCCGAGAUGGAGACUGGCUUAAGCUACAACGCCGCCUGCCACCCGCACCAUUCUCGAAUCGAGCUGCUCAGAAGGCAGAUGUUUACUUGUUGUUGA